UGGCUUCCAACAACCCCCUCAUACCUCAGCCCUUGUGGUUUAGCUUUUUUUACCGCAGUUGGGAUCAUAAUAGUUAUCCCAUUUCAUUCUCUUGCUAUAUCUCAAGGCUUUGUUAACUUCUAGCAAAAGCAUGGUGUGCCCGCAUGUGGAUUCGGCAGGGCUGCAACCUCCCAGAAACAGCCAAUCUGUAUAUCGGGAAGAUUGCACCCAAUGUUUUGACUCUAUAGACGAUCCAUCUGGGCUGAAUGUCUGCCUCAGCUGCUUUAAUGGAGGUUGUACGGGGAACAGAGAUCAUGCUGCCCUUCACCAUGCUCGCUGUCAGCACCCAUUGGCCCUAAAUAUUAGGAGAACGCGCAAGCCAAUACAGCGUGAUGAACCUCCCCCUAAAAUAUCGAAAUUAGCGAUCAAGCCCUUAAGAGAAGAAGAUCAUUAUAACACCACUAUCAAAGUAAUAUGUUAUGAUUGCCACAAUGAUGAUGUUGAUAUCUCUUCUAUCCCAGUGUUGCAGGAUGUGAUAGAUGGUGUCAUGAACACCCUCACAUUCUCUCGCAAGGAAGAAGUAAAGGCAUGGGAGCUUGAACUUACAUCAUGUGAACAUAUCCUGUGUCUCACCCAGGAUGAUGCUAGUUUAAUGCAACUUAACAAAUUUUCUCAUUGUUCUCAGUGUUCCAUGCAAGAAAAUCUUUGGCUAUGCUUACAAUGUGGCAAUGUUGGCUGUGGUCGCAGUCAGUUUGGAGGCAUGGGAGGCAAUUCCCAUGCACUUGCACAUGCUUCUAAUUUGACACAUUCUGUCUCGGUCAAGUUAAAUUCGAUCUCUCCUGAGGGGUCUGCUGAUGUAUUCUGUUAUGCCUGCAAUGAGGAACGAAUUGACCCGGAUCUAGCUUUGCACCUAGCACACUGGGGAAUUAUGAUCACUGAGCAGAAAAAAACCGAGAAAAGUCUCACGGAAAUGCAGAUUGAGCAAAACCUUAAAUGGGAGUUUACAAUGACUUCAAGCGAUGGGAUGGACCUAAAGCCUAUCUUUGGGCCAGGACUCACCGGCUUGCGAAACCUCGGCAACAGUUGCUACCUUGCCAGUGCUCUCCAGUGCUUGUUCUCCCUACCGGAGUUUGAAUACCGAUAUUUUAAACCACAAGAGCUUCCUCCAGUAGUACCUUUACCGGCGGAGGAUCUCGAAACUCAACUAAGGAAAAUAGCCGAUGGGCUUAUUUCAGGCCGUUACUCUGUCCCAAACUCCGAUACGGUGGCCCACACGGGCUGUCAAGACCUACCUCAUCAGUUAGGGCUAGCUCCAGGAAUGCUAAAACAUUUAAUUGGUCGCGGUCAUGAUGAAUUUUCGACAAUGCGCCAGCAAGAUGCGUUUGAAUUUCUUCUGCACCUUUUUAAACUUAUAAAUGUCAAUAAACAUUAUGACACUCCCAAUCCAGUUGCAUCUUUUCGUUUUAAUUUGGAGCAGCGGUUACAAUGCCUAUCAUGUGGAAAGGUGCGAUAUAAAAUUGACGAACAGGAUAAUAUUUCUGUUCCUGUGCCAAUUCGUCGCUUGAAAGAAGACAAUGAUGCUGAGAGUUGCGCAAGCGGAGAAACACCGGUAUCUUCGAAAUUUGACCGUGUCUCUCUCAGGGAAUGCCUCGAUAUUUUUACUGCAGAAGAAAUUGUCGAGUUAACGUGUUCUGGGUGCGAAAGCAAGAAGGGCUUCCGAAAGCGAUCGCUCUUCAAGACAUUUCCGCAAAACUUGAUUAUUAACGCUAGACGGUUUGAACUGAUCAACUGGGUGCCAACUAAACUUAAUAUCCCCGUCGAAGUGAGUGACGAACCCUUGGAUCUCAGCCAAUAUCGCUCGCUUGGCAUUCAGGCAGGCGAAAUUUUAUUAGAAGAUGAGCCCUCACCCCUAGAUAUCGAGUUUCAACCCAAUGAAGCAGCGGUUGCCAUGCUUCUCAGUAUGGGGUUUCCUGAGAUUCGGAUCAAAAAGGCACUCUAUGCCACAGGAAAUACGGAUACGGAUGCCGCGUUGAAUUGGUUGCUUUCACAUAUGGAUGAUCCGGAUAUCGAUGCGACGGACAUUUCCGCACCACCAGGUAGCGGUGGGAAUCACUGUUCACAUGAAGACGAAGCAAAGAUUGGUCAACUAAUUGACAUGGGCAUUGAUCGCCCGAAAGCUCGGAAAGCGCUCCUUGAAACGGAUGGAGAUAUCAACAGGGCGUUGGAUUGGGUUUUAAGUCAUCCGUAUGACGCGGAGAUCGAGGGAUAUCAAGUAAGCAGUGGAUCCCCAGCGCAGUUGCAAGGAUCUAGUGAUAUACCUGCUCUCUUUCAAUUACACGCCAUCAUCUGCCACAAAGGUGUCUCAGUUCAUACUGGUCACUAUGUUGCAUUUGUCCGAAAAGAAGUUGCCCAGGAUGAAGACAGCCAAUGGGUUCUUUUCAAUGAUGAAAAGGUUGUUCAAGGUGGUGAUAUUGAGGAGAUGAAGCAAUUCGCAUACAUCUAUUUUUUCAGAAAAUUAUAG